AAGUUGUAUUGUUUUACAGUGGGUGGAAGAGAGCUUCACGAAUUUCGAGUUGGGUAUCAACUGGCGGUCGUACGUGGUGUGCGACGUGGCAUACAACGAUGUCAACAAUUGGUUGUGGACCCCAUUCAUCGAAAGAGGAGUGGCCAAUCGCAUGUACAUCGAAGUCAAGUUUAGUAUGAGGGAUUGCAACCUGUUCCCCGGCAUGGCACUGUCCUGCAAAGAGACGUUCACUCUACUAUAUUACGAGUUCGACGCUGCCACCAAGGAGCCACCCCCCUGGGAGCCAGAAUCUUACAAACUGAUCGGCAGGAUCGCCGCAGACGAAGGAAGAUUCACUUCCAACGCGGAAGUCAUCAUCAACACCGAAAUAAGAAGCGUGCCAGUUACCAAGAAAGGGGUGUAUUUUGCAUUCAGAGACCAAGGUGCCUGUCUGUCUCUCAUUGCCAUCAAGGUGUACUAUGUCAGUUGUCCAGAGAUUUCGACCAGUUUUGCUUAUUUCCUCGAAACUCCGACCGGCAAAGAAGUGACUGCUAUUGUGGCAGCGGAAGGUCAGUGUGUAGCCAAUGCAGUGGUGGUGGAUCCUCCGAGGUUAUUGUGCAAAGGAGACGGAAAUUGGACUUUACCUUCCGGUGGAUGUAGUUGUAUGGCAGGAUACGAAUCUAUCGGACACAUCUGCCAAGUGUGUCCUGUUACCACUUUCAAAUCUUCAGUUGGAGACGUUAAGUGUUCUCCUUGUCCUCAAUAUAGCACAGCACCUUACAAAGGCUCUUUGGAAUGUAGAUGUGACGACGGUUACUAUAGAGCUUCUAAGGAUCCAAAAGCUAUGCCAUGUACUCAACCUCCUUCAGCACCCCAAAAUUUAUCUGUAAGUUUUGUGGAUCAGUCGACUGUUGUUUUAGGAUGGCAAAGUCCUUCGUAUUUAGGUGGAAGGUUGGAUUUAGAAUAUAGAAUUGCCUGCGAUGGUUGCGGUUCUUCUGUGUUGUAUACACCGGCGGAUAGAGGUUUCAACGAGACUAAGGUCACCAUCUCUGGCCUGAACCCCGUUACUUCAUAUAGAUUUCAAGUCUAUGCAGAAAAUGGUGUUUCGUCUUUGGGUGGCAGCCAGUAUGUAGAUUUAACUGUAACUACUGAAGCAUCUGUGCCUUCAAUGGUCAGCAAUAUUCGUGUUACGUUAAUGAAAAGUACAGAAAUUAUGUUGACGUGGGAACCACCGGAAGAUCCCUAUUCUCAAUUGGAGAUGUACGAAGUCCGAUACUUUAUAGGGAAAAACGAGAAAAAUACAACAAGUAUCCUUACAAAAAAGGAAAAUAUCGUUUUCAGGAAUUUAAUGGAGAUUACAGAAUAUGGUUUUCAGGUUCGAGCCAAAACUACACACGGUUGGGGUGAUUAUAGUAAAGCUAUUUUUAAAACUACCGGCCAAUUAAUGGGAAGUACGGCUUAUAUCGAAGACGAUCAGAUUCAAGUUCGAAUCAUAGCCGGUGCGACUGUAGCCUUAAUUGUACUUAUCAUAGUCAUCAUCGUUAUGAUAUUCUUGUAUGUUAGAAGAAGCACGGACGAAUGUAACAAAAAGCAACCCAGUGACUGCGACACUUUAGAGUAUAGAAAUGGAGAAGUUGUCCCUCCGCUAGAUCAUCUUCCUAUUGUUUCGACUGUUCGUUUAACCACACCGCUCUUCACACCGUCCGGGGGGUCGAAAACUUACAUAGAUCCUCACACCUACGAAGACCCCAACCAAGCCGUACGCGAGUUUACUAAAGAGAUUGAUGCGCUUCACAUCACUAUCGAAGCUAUUAUCGGGGGUGGUGAAUUCGGUGACGUGUGUCGUGGCAAACUGAAAAUGCCUGCCAGACCAGAAAUGACUGUAGCAAUCAAAACACUUAAACCCGGUUCCUCCGAUAAGGCCAGGAUGGAUUUUUUGACAGAAGCCAGUAUUAUGGGACAGUUUGAUCAUCCUAAUGUUAUCUACUUACAAGGUGUGGUGACUAAGUGUAACCCGGUUAUGAUCGUAACCGAAUAUAUGGAGAAUGGAUCCUUGGAUACGUUUCUAAGGGCCAACGAUGGAAAAUUCCAAGUACUACAGUUGGUGGGUAUGUUAAGAGGAAUAGCCGCCGGUAUGCAAUAUCUGUCCGAAAUGAAUUAUGUCCACAGGGAUCUCGCUGCACGGAACGUUCUAGUCAACAUUAAUCUGGUCUGCAAAAUUGCCGAUUUUGGCCUUUCUAGAGAGAUCGAGAGUGCAACUGAGGGUGCCUACACUACUCAGGGAGGGAAGAUACCUGUAAGGUGGACUGCACCAGAAGCUAUAGCAUUUAGGAAAUUCACUUCAGCUAGUGACGUUUGGAGUUACGGUAUCGUUAGUUGGGAGGUUAUGUCUUAUGGCGAACGUCCAUAUUGGAAUUGGUCCAACCAGGAUGUCAUCAAGUGCAUCGAGAAGGGUUACAGGCUACCUGCUCCUAUGGAUUGCCCCGAGGCAUUACAUCAAUUAAUGCUCGACUGCUGGCAGAAAGAUCGAUCACACAGACCCGCAUUUGCAACCAUCGUUAAAACGUUGGAUAAAUUAAUGCAAUGUCCAGAAAGUCUGCGGAAAAUUGCACAAAACAGGCAUCAAAACCCUUUGGAUCCGAGCGCACCUGAUAUGACUCAAUUGAAAUCGGUGGAAGAAUGGUUGGAUAGCAUUAAAAUGCGGCGUUACCUCCCGAAUUUUCAACAGGCAGGCAUUGCAACAAUGGAAUCGGUAGCAAGAUUAACUUUAAACGAUUUGACAUCGCUAGGUGUUACUCUAGUAGGGCAUCAGAAGAAGAUCAUGAACAGUGUGCAAACAAUAAGAGUGCAAAUGAAUGCAAACAUGGCGGAAGGAUUUCUGGUUUGAUUUUCAGUGAGGGCUUCCAGCAGAAUAGCUUGUGAACAAGAAUAGAACAAAUUAAAUAAAUAAAUAAAUAAAAAAUCCUUUGCUGGAUUUUACGUUGGUGCGUUAUCUUCCUUUCUGCAGGUACGAACGUUGCUCAGUAAAAAAAAUAAAUAAAUAAAUAAACCUUUUCCUUGCUGUGAUUAUCGUGUGCGAACCCUGUCCCAUCUGGACGCAACAUAUCCCAUCUGCAAAAAGAAAAAAAUAAAUAAAAAAUAAAAGGGUUUGCACCGAUUCAGUUCAUAUCAUUCGCUUCUGCUCCGAAUAUGUGAACAUUUAGUGAUGACCUCUUAUUUGUGGGAAAUGCAAUAUCCCCGCCAUUUGUUGAGUAAUACAGUUGUGUAAAGUAGCCCGAGGGCUUAUGUAAAGUUGCAACAAGUUGAAUAUUUCUGUUGCCAAUGUUAGUGAUAAGUUUUAAGUGCUGAGGCAUUUCUAUAUCUGUGAAGAACCAUGCAGAAAUCCAAAGCCUUUUAACAGGUGCUGAACAUGGUGCUAUGCAUCGUUGGUACCAAGCCAUAUCACCACCCUGCAUGUGCGAAAAAAAAAAAAAAUGUGGACUUUGUUUAAUUAGGGGAAACUAAACCGCUAAUUUUGAACAUACAAACACGUGUGUUUUUUGAAAAAAACGCUCCUAUUUAUUAAAAGAUGCGGUUGAGUUCGAGGUGUAUAAAAUCAGUUUGUACAGAUUUCUUCCAUCCUUCCCUUUGUAUAAAUUUAAGAAAUAAUAAUAAACAGAUGAAGAUCCGUCAAAUAUCGACAUCGUGUACUUACGCCUGUGGAUUUAACUUAUCUCCAAAUCGAGAAAUUUUGGCAAUACUUCCAAGUUAAUAGCCCUGGAUUGGGGGAAAACUAUCAUAUCUCUAUUUGUAUUGUGUGAAAGUGGACGUAUUUUGUCGAUUUUAUCAACAACAUCGAUAUGAAAAAACAUCAUUCCAUGGAACAAAAAAUAAAUAAAUAAAUAAAUAAAAUAAUGUGACGUUUCGUGAUUGUAAAAACUGUUUGCUCCUAUAUGUUAGUUCAUCCGGUUCCGAUAGAAGGCCUCAUAAUGUAAAGAUAAAUUGAUGAUGUGAGGCCCUUUUUAUCAGAGAUCUUUGAAUAUCCAAUAAACGAAAAUUUGUAAGAA